GUGUACCGCCAAUACUCAAUAGUGUCGAAAUCGGGUCCCACUCCUUUUUCGUUCUUUACCUGCGCAGUUUACUGACCGCUGAAUCACACUCCCACUCACAUUCGGCUAAAGCUUCUUUCUUUAUUCUGCUUUCUCUGUAACUCUGGAAGGAAAAAGAAGAUGGUUAGGGUUCUAGUCCAAAUAGUGGCCAUAACGUGCCUGUGGUGGUGGUGGGCUUCAUUGACAGAUGCACAGUACAUGAAAUACAAAGACCCAAGGCAGCCGGUGGCGGUUCGCGUAGCGGACCUGUUGAGUCGAAUGACUUUGGAGGAGAAGAUUGGUCAGAUGGUUCAGAUUGAUAGGACUGUGGCCAAUCCUGGGAUUUUGAAGUCUUACUUCAUCGGCAGUGUAUUGAGUGGGGGUGGGAGUGCGCCACUUCCAAAGGCUAGUGCAGAGGAUUGGAUUAAUAUGAUUAAUGAAUAUCAAAAGGGAUCUCUAUCCACACGUUUGGGCAUUCCAAUGAUGUAUGGUAUUGAUGCUGUUCAUGGACACAAUAAUGUCUUCAAUGCUACAAUAUUUCCUCAUAACAUUGGCCUUGGAGCUACAAGGGAUUCUGAGCUGGUGCGGAGGAUUGGUGCUGCAACUGCUGUUGAAGUCAGAGCUACAGGGAUUCCUUAUGUAUUUGCUCCAUGCAUUGCGGUCUGUAGAGAUCCAAGGUGGGGACGGUGUUAUGAAAGCUACAGUGAGGAUCACAAAAUAGUGCAAGAAAUGACGGAAAUUGUACCUGGAUUACAGGGAGAUAUUCCUGCUGAUUCUCUGAAAGGAGUUCCAUUUGUUGGUGGAAAGAAAAAGGUGGCAGCUUGUGUGAAGCAUUUUGUGGGAGAUGGUGGGACAACUAAGGGCAUCAAUGAGAACAACGCAGUGAUUGACCGGCAUGGGUUGCUCAGCAUUCACAUGCCUGCCUAUUCUGAUUCCAUCAUCAAAGGUGUAUCUACAGUCAUGGUUUCCUACUCAAGCUGGAACGGAGAAAAGAUGCAUGCAAACCGUGACCUAGUUACUGGCUUCCUGAAAGACACUCUUAGGUUUAAGGGUUUUGUUAUAUCAGAUUGGGAGGGUAUUGAUAGGAUUACCUCACCACCACAUUCAAACUACUCGUACUCCGUCCAAGCUGCGAUUCAAGCCGGCAUUGACAUGGUCAUGGUUCCUUUCAAAUAUACUGAGUUCAUUGAUGACCUUACCGACCUGGUCAAGAACAGCAUUAUCCCAAUGGAUCGCAUUGAUGAUGCUGUGGCAAGGAUCUUGCUAGUCAAGUUCACCAUGGGCCUCUUUGAGAACCCACUUGCCGAUUUCAGCCUAGUCAAUGAACUUGGAAGCCAGGCACAUAGAGACUUGGCAAGAGAAGCUGUGAGGAAGUCAUUAGUGCUAUUGAAGAACGGGAAAAAUGGAACAAAUCCUCUAUUACCCCUUUCCAAGAAGGCUCCAAAGAUCCUAGUUGCUGGUAGUCAUGCUGAUAAUUUGGGUUAUCAGUGUGGUGGGUGGACAAUCACAUGGCAAGGAUUUAGUGACAACAGCUAUACUAUGGGAACCACCAUCCUUGGAGCCAUCACUUCAACAGUUGACCCCAGUACGGAGAUUGUCUACCGUGAGAAUCCUGAUAGCAACUUUGUCAAAUCUGACAGCUUUGACUAUGCCAUUGUUGUUGUUGGUGAGCACCCUUAUGCCGAGAGUUCAGGGGACAGCAUGACUCUCACUAUGGCAGAUCCUGGCCCAACCGUUAUCAAGAAUGUCUGUGAAGCUGUCAAGUGUGUGAUUGUCAUAAUUUCUGGUAGACCUAUUGUGAUUCAACCAUAUCUAUCCUCAGUUGACGUCUUGGUGGCAGCAUGGUUACCAGGAACAGAGGGCCAGGGUGUGACUGAUGUCCUUUUUGGGGAUUAUGGAUUCAGUGGAAAGCUUUCCAGAACAUGGUUCAGAACUGUAGAUCAACUGCCAAUGAAUGUCGGGGAUUCACACUAUGAUCCGCUGUUCCCAUUUGGGUUUGGACUCGCAACUGAAUCUGUCAAGGAACUUGUGUCAAGGUCAACCUCAGCUGGUGUAGGCCAAAAGCCAUGUAUACUUGCCAACAUAGUUUCUGUAAUUGCAAUUUUGUAUUUCACAGCUUCAAGGGGCUUCCGACAACCGACUUAACGGGAUUUGGUGGACGGUUUAGCACUUGGAAGUACACUAGAUGCUCUUAAUUUACGAGUAUUAGACUAGCUUCUGUUAGCUUACAGAAGCAACAGCUUCAACGGCAAUUGGCUUCCAAAGAAACUAGUGCAUCCCAGUGUUCCCCAAUUUUUUGAUGAGUAUCCCCAGUGUUCCCUGAAGUAUAGUUACCAUUGCAAAUCUAUGUUCUGUCAUCGUGUCCUCUUGGUCUGGUGCCUGGGGGGUUUGCAUGUAGAGAUAGAUGUUAAUUAUGGCCAGAAAAGUGGGAGAAUUUGGUGUACUAAGUUAUCUUAGAUGGGGCCCUGAUUUUAUUGUACACGUGAACUGCAACCUACUUGAACAUGGGAUCAUUUGACAGCAAAGAUUUAUUGAAAAUUGUUGUCUGAAUAAUUGAUUUUAAGGCGUUCCAAUGGGUAA